AUCAAAUGUGUUAUGUGACUGUUGCGGCCCAUCUUUCAGUCGGACAUUCUGUUUAGAAAUAUACUUGGUAAUCAACAAACUAUCAGUCGCUGAACGAUGUAUCGCAAAAGUGUGCAAUCACUGUUAGCAUCAACCAAGACGGUUAGUAGUGCAUUCGGAGCGUAUCGAUAUCUGUACUCCGCUUCCGCGCUCGGCAUUGACGGAUAUGCGGCACACUGUGAAAAAACACGAACGCAGUAUUUACACAAUGUGGACCAUUUUAAACGGAAGCUUCGCGAUCUAGUUUCCAGUUCUGAAACCAACAUGAUCUUCACGGAGGAUUUGAAAAACGUUAUCCAUCUGCUCGACAACACUCCAGAUGACAAGCAGCUGCUAAAAGAUACGAUCUCACGGUACAAUCGGCAAGGCAAAGAACUUCGCUUCGGCAACUACGUCUUCGGGCCUGUAAUUAUGCGCGCCUGCCAUCGCCUGGGAGACCCGGAGCUUGCUCUCGAGCUAUUCCGUGAAACGAACAAAGACGGUUUUUUUGAUCAACUUUCUAGCUAUCAGAUUCUGGGCGAUCUGCUGUACGAAAAUGGUCGCUAUCGAGAGGUGCGCGAACUGUGUGACUCAAUCAAAGGCCGUCAGAUACAAGGUGGCCGCUUUCCCAAGCACUGCAUUACGCUAACAUUUGCCGCCUGCUACAAGGAAAACACUCCGGCUUCCUACCAGUAUGCGAUGGAUCUGUGGAAAGAGCUCAACUCGGUCGGGCACAUACCAAUGCGCAAGGCGACCGCUUUCGCAGCAGCACUCGCGCUGAACAAUGGUCAACCAGAGAUUGCGAUCGAAAUUCUGGGCACCGUGAUGAAGGGUAACUACGUAACGAUUCGGCAGUUGAAAACUGUAGCUCUUUGCGCGCUUGGGCGGUUGGAUGACCUGCUACCGAUUUUCCGUUCAGUGCUGGAAGUGAAAGGCCAUUAUCAGGAAAAGCAACAAACCUUCUGCCGUGAAGUUGUGCAAAAAGUGCAAGAGACGUUGGGAAACACUGGGGAUUCCGUUGGCAGCGCGUCCGUGAAGCUCGAUCUAGAACGAAUGAUCCAGUAUCUCGAAACAAACGGCCAGAUCCUUGAUGAAACGCUGGACAGUGUUAUGUGUUCUGAAAUUGUUUCCACUGGCCAGAGAAAUCCGGGAAAAAACAAUUUGGCCGAAAGUUAUAACACACACGGCGGACGUCAGGUGCAACGAAACUUUCGACCGACUAAAAGAUUUGACCAACUUCGGCCGGGUUUAAGUGAUAUGAAUUAACAAAUAUUGAAAAGCAAAAUAUACCAAUGUUCGAAGGAGAGGAAAAGUCUCUUUCAUAAAAACUAAUAGAAUCUGCACUAUUGCCUUUUGCCCGGUGUGAGCCAUUUCUAUAUUAUUCUCGUUUGCGCCAUCAACAUAAUGUGUACGCAGAGAAACUACUGUCGAACAACUGAUUGACGAAAAUCCGUCCGCGCUUCUGUAAACGGUAUGUAAUGUCCGCGUAACAUUCGGACUGAUAAACCUGAAUAAUCUGUUCACAAUUAUCGACAUCCUUCAGAAUGGGUUAAAAUUGCCAGUAAUCUUCGUGUAGAAGUUUCUCAUCCUUUGUUUCUAGAUGCUUGAAAGUUUUAUGAAUGGUCAAUGAAACGGCGCCUACCCAGUCGUUAACAGCAUAAUCACUGUCAUUUCUCAAGUUAAACAUCCCAUUUUUUUCUACCGGUACUUUUCAAGAAAGAAAUCUGUGUAAUACCGAGUAUUUGCAUUACAGUACCAUUUUUAUUCAAUGCAAUUUGAUGACGAUUUAAAGCAUCCAACGAAUUCGAGCUUUCUUCUAUGAUUACGACGUUCGUAAUAAUCGCAUCGACAACAAAUUCGCUUAGAUAUCGUACCAACUAUACCGUAACAAGCAGGCUAGGACCGCUCGGCGGUUGUAUUUGCCAGAUAAGCAUAUCGUAACAUGUUGUCCUGUGAACAUUAUAACCUACUGUAUAGCCUUAAAGAAACCCGUUUAAUACAAUUCUCCAACGCUAUAACGGAGAGUUACAUAAAGACUGUAAACAGAGGAUAGGUAUUUGUU